CCCUGUGGUGUGUGUGUGUCAGAGCAAAAGAGAACACACACAUUAUUGCAUUGUGUAGUCAGACAGGGACACUGACAGAGACUCUGUGAUGUCUGUCUUUGUGAUACUGGGGCUGCUGGUCUGCACAGAGGCACAAGGUUCCAGUGCUGUGACUCCUGUGUUUGUGAAGAAGGGAGAGGACGUGCUUCUGAAGAUCAUGAAAGCUGAUGAGCUGCAGAAAUUUAAUUUUUUAACGUGGAAAUUUAAUGCAAGUAAUGUUUUAGUAGUAUUUACUCCAAAUAAUGAUCCACAUGUUGAUCCUAAUUACACUGGAAGGAUUGAGUUUUCUGUGGAAAAUUACUCUGUGAAACUGAAGAAUCUACAAAAGACAGACAGUGGAGUUUAUACUGCACAUGUGACAAGGAUUCCAAAAGAACAAAAAGUAGCUGAAUACAGCGUCACAGUUCAAGAUCCAGUGUCUCCAGUUGACCUGACAGUGGACUCUGUGUCCAACAGCUCAAACUCCUGUAACGUCACUGUGACCUGCAGAACACAGGACUCUCACAUCAACAGCACUUUUAGAUGUGUCGACCAGACCUGCAGUCAGGAGGGAGGAGAGCAAUCAAAGGUCAUAACCUCUGGUGCUUCUCUCCAGGUCUACCUGGACCUGAAUGGCUCAAUCAUCUGUAACCAUAGCAACCAGGUCAGCUGGACUGAGAACAAAGAAAUAAUUGAACAUUUGUGCCCUCGACAUGCAGGUUCCAGUGCUGUGACUCCUGUGUUUGUGAAGAAGGGAGAGGACGUGCUUCUGAAGAUAAUGAAAGCUGAUGAGCUGCAGAAAUUUGCUUUUUUUUCCUGGAAAUUUAAUGCAAGUGGUAUUUUAGUAACACUUACUCCUAAAGCUGAUCCAGAAAUCAAUCCCAGGUACACUAAAAGGAUUGAGGUUUCUGUGGAAAAUUACUCUGUGAAACUGAAGAAUCUACAAAAGACAGACAGUGGAGUUUAUACUGCACAUGUGCUCAGGAUUCCAACAGAAGUAAAAGUAGCUGAAUACAAGGUCACAGUUCAAGAUCCAGUGUCUCCAGUUGACCUGACAGUGGACUCUGUGUCCAGAAGCUCAAAAUCCUGUAACAUCACUGUGACCUGCAGAACACAGGACUCUCACAUCAACAGCACUUUUAGAUGUGACACCCAGACCUGCAGUCAGGAGGGAGGAGAGCAAUCAAAGGUCAUAACCUCUGGUGCUUCUCUCCAGGUCUACCUGGACCUGAAUGGCUCAAUCAUCUGUAACCAUAGCAACCAGGUCAGCUGGACCGAGAACAAAGAAAUAAUUGAACAUUUGUGCCCUCGACAUGCUGAUUCAGAGAGUCUCUCUCCUGGUAUCUCUGUGUGCCUGGUGAAGACAGUGGUGUUCUCUGUUGGUCUGAUCAUCAUGGUGUCUGCCGUCAUCACUGUUCACCUCAUGGAGAAACUCAAAAAGAAAAAAUGAACAGAUAGCUCUCUACCAACUGUGCAUAUAUCUCACAGUGUUAUCUAGAACAACUAGACAAUAAGGUUAAAGGUAGAGUUUGACCACUAGUAGCACUAUGGAGCAUUCUAUUUUAUUUUAUUUUAUUUUUCAAUGCUUGAGUCCUUGUGUACACACGAUCCUGCAAGCCAACGCAUUUAUACAUUCCUGCCACUGACUUCAUGCUAUUUCACUGAAUGACAGUUGAUGGCAGUAACACACCAAGAAAUGUGGCAAUGAGGCAACAAAUGCGAGGAGGUAGAGGACAUCAAACCAACAAACACAGAUGUAAACAAUGUAGGAUUUAAAAUAUGUGUGAAAACCUUUUAUACAACUACUGAUUAUUCUUUAUUAUCCAUUGAGUAUACCCAAUAUUCACGGUGCUCACUUUGUAAAUAGAAGGAUUGUACAACUCACAAUGAAAUCUUUUAAUGUCCUCACUGUAUUUAUUCUGUAUUGAUGUUCUAUGUUUUAACUGUGUUUUAACUUGACUUGUGUCAAGGGACAAUAAAGGUUUUCUGAUUCUGAUUCUGAUAGAUGACCAUGUUAAAAAUGUUUUUGGAGGAUGUUACCUGGAAAAAAAACAACAAAAAUAAGAUGUAUUUUUGUAAGAUCACAGCCAACAGCAUACAAGAAAUACUGAGCAGUACAUUAUAUGUAACACUGAAUGUGGUCCUACUUACAAUAUUCUUAAAAAUGCAUGUUUGUUCAUUUUAUAUGUUCAUUAUUUGUUCAAGCAUGUCUUAUUAUUUUAG